AAGGAGUGUGUGCAGCAGCAACCCAGAGAGUGCGAGAGGGAGAGCGGAGGAGGAGGAGCAGCAGCGGGAGGAGGAGGUGGCGGCCGCCGCGUCCGUCCGGUAGCGGCGGCGGCGGCGGCAGAGGCAGCAGCGACAGAGGCAGCAGCAGCAGCAGCGGGAGCCCGGGCGGCAGCGGCAGCAGCACCAGCACGACCCCCGUUCUCCACCGCCUCCUUCUCGUCCUCCUCCUCCGCCCGGGGCAGCACCGGCCCGGCGUCCCGGCCGCGGCGGCGGCGGCGGCAUGGACAAGGACGGCCUGAGCCGGGCUGACCAGCAGUACGAGUGCGUGGCCGAGAUCGGCGAGGGCGCCUACGGGAAGGUGUUCAAGGCCCGGGACCUGAAGAACGGAGGCCGUUUCGUGGCGCUCAAGCGCGUGCGGGUGCAGACCGGGGAGGAGGGCAUGCCGCUCUCCACCAUCCGCGAGGUGGCGGUGUUGAGGCACCUGGAGACCUUCGAGCACCCCAACGUGGUCAGGUUGUUUGAUGUGUGCACAGUCUCACGAACAGACAGAGAAACCAAGCUUACGCUAGUGUUCGAACAUGUUGAUCAAGACUUGACCACCUAUUUGGAUAAAGUUCCAGAUCCAGGAGUACCCACGGAAACGAUCAAGGACAUGAUGUUUCAGCUGCUCCGAGGUCUGGAUUUUCUUCAUUCGCACCGAGUAGUACACCGAGAUCUCAAACCACAGAAUAUCCUUGUCACCAGCAAUGGACAGAUCAAACUGGCCGAUUUUGGGCUUGCACGGAUCUACAGUUUUCAGAUGGCUCUCACCUCAGUGGUUGUCACUUUGUGGUACAGAGCACCUGAAGUCUUGCUUCAGUCCAGUUAUGCCACACCAGUGGACCUAUGGAGUGUUGGCUGCAUAUUUGCAGAAAUGUUUCGUCGAAAGCCUCUUUUUCGUGGAAGUUCAGAUGUUGAUCAACUAGGAAAAAUCUUGGAUGUCAUUGGACUUCCGGGGGAAGAAGACUGGCCAAACGACGUGGCCCUUCCUAGGCAGGCUUUUAAUGCAAAAUCUCCCCAACCAAUUGAAAAGUUUGUAACAGAUAUCGAUGAACUAGGCAAAGACUUACUUAUGAAAUGCUUGACAUUCAACCCAGCAAAAAGAAUCUCGGCUUGUGGUGCAUUGUCUCACCCGUAUUUCCAUGAUGUAGAGAAGCCUCAUGAGAAUGUGGACCCUCGGACAUCCCCCAGCCAAAGCAGCAGUGAGGGGAACAGCGCUUGAGGCAAUCAGCCCUCCCUGGAGGUGAACUGAUGACUGAGGAAUCCACCCCCUGGGGGAGGCAGAGCAGCCACCAAUAACAUCUGGGCUUCUGGAGAGUCAACCUCUCUCUUCUGGAUGGCUAUUUGUUUCUCCCAGGAGACUGGCGGAGUUUACUGUUUCCAAAUCAAUGCAAAAGCAAUUUUGAGCUUGA